AUGGCUGACAAGGGUUUGGAGGACAUCGAGCAGAGUCAGAUCGAGUCCAACUACGAUGAGACCGUCGACUCCUUCGAUGAGAUGAACCUCCGUUCGGAGCUCCUCCGUGGUGUCUACGCCUACGGUUUCGAGCGUCCCUCUGCUAUCCAGCAGCGUGCCAUUAUGCCCGUUAUUAAGGGCCAUGAUGUUAUCGCCCAGGCCCAGUCUGGUACUGGAAAGACCGCUACCUUCUCGAUCUCCGUCCUUCAGAAGAUCGACCCCAGCCUGAAGGCUUGCCAGGCUCUGAUCCUUGCUCCCACCCGUGAGCUGGCUCAGCAGAUCCAGAAGGUCGUCAUCGCCCUCGGUGACUUCAUGAACAUCGAGUGCCACGCCUGCAUUGGUGGUACCAGCGUUCGUGAUGACAUGAAGGCUCUCCAGGACGGCCCCCAGGUCGUUGUCGGCACUCCCGGUCGUGUUCAGGACAUGAUCCAGCGCCGCUUCCUCAAGACCGACAGCAUGAAGAUGUUCGUCCUCGACGAGGCUGAUGAGAUGCUUUCUCGUGGUUUCACCGAGCAAAUUUACGACAUCUUCCAGCUCCUCCCCCAGAGCACCCAGGUUGUCCUCCUGUCUGCCACUAUGCCCCAGGACGUCUUGGAGGUCACCACCAAGUUCAUGCGCGACCCCGUCCGUAUUCUCGUCAAGAAGGACGAGCUUACCCUGGAGGGUAUCAAGCAGUUCUACAUUGCCGUCGAGAAGGAGGAGUGGAAGCUCGACACCCUGUCCGAUCUGUACGAGACUGUCACCAUCACCCAAGCCGUCAUCUUCUGCAACACCCGCAGAAAGGUCGACUGGCUCACCGACAAGCUCACUGCUCGUGACUUCACCGUCUCUGCCAUGCACGGUGACAUGGACCAGGCCCAGCGUGACCUUAUCAUGAAGGAGUUCCGCUCUGGAUCUUCCCGUGUCCUGAUUGCCACUGACCUGUUGGCCCGUGGUAUCGAUGUCCAGCAGGUUUCCCUGGUCAUCAACUACGAUCUUCCCGCCAACCGCGAGAACUACAUCCACCGUAUCGGUCGUGGUGGUCGUUUCGGCCGAAAGGGUGUCUCCAUCAACUUCGUCACUGCCGACGAUGUCCGCAUGAUGAGAGAGAUCGAGCAAUUCUACAGCACCCAGAUUGAGGAGAUGCCCAUGAACGUCGCCGACCUCAUCUAA